AUGACCACCUCAUCCUCGGGCCAUUGGCUAAGCAAGGCAUUGUUCUGGACCACAAAGCAGCAAGACGGUCCUGUAGCGAUCGAUCCGCUGCUCUAUUAUGUUUCACCAUUGCAGCUAUGGCUAGGAAAGCUGGUAUCGGCCGUCAACAAGACGGGGAUAAUGGAGAAUGAGUGGCUACCUGUCUUUUCCAAAGCCAGUGCGCACCUUCGGUUGGUCUUCGCCAAGAUCCGGUCAGAACAUGGGGCCAAGGCAGCUUUCAUUUUCCAGUGGGAGACGGGUGGUAUGCUCCUGUUGGGUGUGACUUUGGAGUUGAUAUACUCAGUGGCCUCAGUCAGCGCUCCACUGCUCUUGCGACUGUUGCUCCUGGAUACCCACAGCGCGACGCUGGCUUGGCUGCUGGUGGGCGCCAACAUCGUCGCUACUCUGGCAGGCAGGGCCAAGAAUCAGGUGGUUCGAACCCAGAGCACAUGGGUCGAGGUCAUGCUGCGGACCGCCAUAUUUGAAAAGAGCUUGCGCCUGUCUCCGGCAGCCAGGAGAGUACACCCGCCAGCACAGAUCAUCAACAUGAGUGCCGUGGAUGUAGACUUUCUGUCUGCAUACGUCUUGAAGAUUCACGACAUCUGGGUCGCGCCGCUACAGAUCACAGCCAUCGUUGUGUUGGCAGCCAGCAUCAUCGGUCCAGCCGCCCUCGUCGGCUUCCUCUUACUUCUGAUCAUGUUCUUCAGCCAGAGCAUGGCUAGCCAGAUCACCCGUGGGGCCGUGGUCAAGUAUGUUCACCUCAAUGACCAGCGUCUGGGCCCUCUGCGCGAGCUCCUCAACAACAUCAAGAGCGUCAAGGCCGCUGCCUAUGAGUUCCUGUUUCGAGAUCGCGUGUCCAGAGUCAGGAAUGAGCAGCUGAAGGCCCUCUGGGUCUACCUCUCUAUGGCGUUCUGGCUAUUUUCUGCAAUUAAUGUCAGCAUUCCGAGUUUCACAGCCGCUGCUGCUUUUCUUUUCUACUAUCUGACCGGACACGAACUGACCGCGGCUGUGGUCUUCCCGGCACUGGCGUACUUCAACCUCCUCGGCCAGCCGGUUUUCUUUGCCACCCUGGCCGUGACCAGACAGGCUGCCAUUCUGCCAUCGUUCAAGCGCGUCAGGACACUGAUGGCUGCAGAGGAAUCAGACCCUAUCGCGCAAUCCUCCCUGGUUAGCGAUGCUGACGCGGCAGUCGAGUUCGAAAAGGCAUCCUUCACCUACGCAUCCUUUAGUGAUGAUCACAGUGACGGCCAGAAGCUCGAGGUUGGCGACCUUGUUCUCCCACGGAACAAGCUGACUGCGGUCAUUGGGCCCACAGGCAGUGGCAAGUCGAGUCUCCUUCAGGCCAUCCUCGGCGAGAUGGCCCUCGAUGGCUCGAUCAGAAUACAUGGAUCCCUAGCAUAUGUUGCUCAGGACCCGUGGAUCAUGUCUGGGACAUUGAGGGACAACAUUGUCUUCAUGAGUAAGCUCGACCAGGCACGAUAUCAAGAAGUGGUCAGGCAGUGUUGCCUGGACGAUGACUUUCGGUCGUUCCCUGGAGGCGAUCAGUUCGUUGUGGGGGAGGCAGGGAACAACCUGAGCGGGGGCCAGCGGGCCAGAAUUGCGCUGGCUAGAGCACUGUACUCGCAGCCGCAGAUUUUGCUUCUGGAUGAUCCACUGUCUGCGGUGGACGGGAGGGUGAGACAGAUGCUCUUCCGGACGAUCAGAUCCCUUGACAUCACUGUGAUCUUGGUGACGCUACAUACAUCUUUCGAAUGGCUUCAUGAUGCGGACAGCAACGACCAGGCGGACCACCCACCAUGCCAGGAUCACAAACCUAACGACGCAACCGAUGUAGAUGCCGAUGACAGGGCAGCCGCAGCACUCGAGCUGAUCGAGGAGGAAGAGCGAGCCCGGGGAGCCGUCAAAUCGGAUGUCCUAGCCUUCUACACAUUAAACGCUGGCGGCGUCAUCGAGGUCGUCAAGCUGGCUUGCAUGGCAAUCUUUCUAACCGUUUCUAAGGUGAUGGGCAGUUACUGGUUUGUGUGGUGGAUUGACGACCAGCUCGGCCUUAGACAAGGCCAAUACCUGGGUGGAUAUCUAGGCCUAACCUUGGCAACAUGUGUCUUCACAUCUUUCCUCUCCAUAUUCCUCGUUCGCUGCACCAUGAGAGCCAGCAGGGAAAUCCACUCCAGCAUCGUCGACAGUCUCCUCACCGCGCCCAUCUCCUAUUUUCAGCGUCAGCCGACCGGGCGGAUCCUAAAUCGGCUUUCGUCGGACAUUGAAGCUCUAGACACCAAGAUCAUCAAUGCUGUAGACGCUGUGAUCGGAACCGCUACCACCCUCUUCGCUUCUCUCUGCUUGAUCGCCCUCUCCUCGCCCAUUGUUGUGGUAGCAAUCAUCCCUUACAUCCUCAUGACCACAUUCUAUCAGUCACGCUUCAGGAUCGCCUCCAGAGAGGUUCAGCGCUCCUCGUCUAUUCUUCAGUCGCCGGUCACCGCUAUCGUGUCCGAGGCUCUCAAUGCACCCGCAUCCAUCAAGGCCUACGGUGCCAUCAUGUUCAUGGUGUCGAAGCAUGGCGCCGCUCUCGAUCACCUCAUGUCCGCCAAGAUUGUGCGCAAGUCACUUGACACGUGGAUCACACUUCGGGCAGAGCUGGCCGCCAAUAUACUACUACUUGUAGUGGUCAUGUUGACCGUCGCAGGAUACAUCACGGAUGUUCUGGGCGGCUUGGCUCUGACAUUUGCGACGGGGCUUGCAAAUGAUGUCUUCCUGAUGACAUGGGGGUUGACCGAUCUUGAGGUCCAGAUGAACUCGAUCGAGAGGCUCCAGGAAUACCACGACAAUCUGCCCAAGGAGGGCCAGGUCCGAGGGCUCUUGGUGGAGUCCACACCAGUGCCUAAGGACUGGCCACGGGAAAGUGAGAUUGACAUCAAAAACAUGUCGCUCUUUUACCCUUCUCGCCCUACACCGGCUGUGGACAACUUGACUCUUCACAUCCAGAGUGGCGAGAGGCUGGGCGUUGUGGGUAGGACAGGCUCGGGUAAGUCGACGCUCGUCUCAUCCAUAGCCCGCCUGGUCGACCCUACGAGCGGAAGCAUUGCCAUCAACGGGGUAGAGACUGCAUCCAUCUCCACCCAGAGACUCCGUCUGGCUGUACACACACUCCCACAAGAGCCCUUGAUCUUCGAGGGAAAUGUACGCGAGAAUCUGGACCCAAGAGGACAGCACACAGACGAGGAAAUCUUGAAUGUCCUCGACCAAUGCGGCUUGAAGUCAACACUGGCCGAAAACUCCUCCACCGCCACCAUCUUAUCCAAAAACCUCACCACAGGCGGUACAGACCUCUCUGCGGGCCAGAGGCAGCUUUUAUGUGCAGCUCGGGUCUUGCUGGAACGGCCGCCGAUCUUACUUGUCGAUGAGGCAGCCGCCAACAUCGACUACGAGACGGACGAGGCACUGCAGAAAGCCCUGCAUACGAUGCUGCCCGAGUCAACGACGAUGAUGACCAUUGCGCACAGAGCAGCCUCACUGGCAUGGCUAGACCGGAUCAUAGUAAUGGAGACAGGUAAGAUCGUGGAGGAGGGCACACCGGCGGAGCUGCUGGAGAAUGAAGGGAGCUACUACUAUAAAGCGGUCAGGACUGAGGGUGAGCGAGCAUUACAGGCAGCCCUGGUGGUUGCGAGGACGAGGCAGGACAGGGGAUAG